AUGGCAUCAAACAGCUGGCAGUUCGCCGGCGAUGGCGAUGAGUCCGACGAUGACAACUUCAACCCUGCCCCCGCCGACAUGUCGGACGACGAGAACAACGACAAUGAUGAAGAGCACAACCACAACCACCGCCCCGCUGGUAAGACCGUGAGGCAGGCCAGUAGCCCGGUGCCGGACGAAGAGGAGGAAGAAGAGGAGCACGACGAAGAGGAAGACGCGCGCCCGGCCAAGCGAUCGCGUCGAGAUGACCACGACGAGGACGAAGACGAAGAGCAGGACGAAGAGGAGAACGAGGAGAUAGACGAGGAAGAAGAGGAGGAAGAGGAAGACGAGGAGGAUGAGGAUGAUGUUCACGGUGGCAACCGUCGCAAGCGUCGCAACAAGGACCGCAGAGCUGCCUUCUUCGAUAUCGAAGCCGAAGUCGACGACGAAGACGAGGGAGAAGACGAAGUUGGUGACGGCGAAGAGAUUGAGGACUUCAUCGACAAUGCCCACCCUGACGAUAUUGCCGACAGCGGCCGCCUUAACGAUGAUAGAAGACACCGCGAGCUCGACCGCCGCCGAGAGAUGGAGGCCAGCCUCGACGCUGAGAAACAAGCAGAGAUCCUGCGCGAGCGCUACGGCAAGCGCGCCCCGGCCAGAGGUUACGGAGACAUGGCCAUCGUGCCCCGUCGCUUGCUGCUCCCCAGUGUCGAGGACCCCAGCAUCUGGGCUGUCAGGUGUAAAGAAGGAAAGGAGCGCGAGGUUAUCUUUUCGAUUAUGCGUCGGAUCGAGGAACGCAUGGGCACCAAGAACGAGGUCCCCAUUACGGCUGCUUUCGAGCGGGGUGGUGUCAACUCGGUCAUGAAGGGAUACAUUUACGUUGAGGCUCAAAGACAGAAUGAUAUCCUCGUGGCUCUCGAUGGUAUUCUCAACGUUUAUCCCAGGAGCAACAUGCACCUGGUGGAGAUCAAGGACAUGCCAGACCUCUUGCGUGUCAUCAAGACGCCCAACUUGGAACCCGGCGCCUGGGUUCGUCUGAAGAAGCCGGCCAAGCACGCCGGUGAUCUUGCUCAGGUUAUCGACGUUACAGAAAACGGCCUUGAGGCCAGAGUUCGUUUCAUUCCCAGACUCGAUUACGGUGUCAGGGAUGAUCCCGUCUUCCAGGCUGAUGGCAAGCGCAAGCGCCCUGGCGUGCCCGGCCCUCGUCCUCCCCAGCGCCUGUUCAGUGAGGCUGAGGCGCGCAAGAGACACCCCCGUCACCUCCAGGGUAACCCUCAGACCAACAGCUGGAACUACAACGGCGAUGAUUUCGAGAACGGUUUCCAGGUGAAGGAUAUCAAGAUCCAGCAACUCGAGGUCAAGAAUGUCAAUCCUUCAUUGGAGGAGGUCACCAAGUUCGCCAGUGGGGCCGAGGACGGUACAGAGAAUCUCGAUCUCAAGGCUCUUGCCGCUACUCUCAAGGAUAGCGCCAAGAGUGUCGCCUAUGUUCCUGGUGAUAUUAUCGAGGUGUACGAGGGUGAGCAGCAAGGUGUUAUCGGCAAGGCCACCAACGUGCAAGGCGACAUUGUCACGCUGCAGGUCACCGAGGGUGAUCUUGCUGGCCGGACCAUUGACGUGCCUAACAAAGGUCUGCGCAAGAGGUUUAGGAUCGGUGACCACGUCAAGGUCAUCGGUGGCAGUCGGUUCCGCGACGAAGUUGGUAUGGUUGUCAAGAUUGUGGACGACCGAGUUACUCUCCUUACAGAUCAGACCAAUACGGAGAUCACCGUGUUCAGCAAAGACCUGCGCGAGGCAUCCGAUAUUGGUGGUCAAGGCUCUCUUGGACAAUACUCGCUCUUGGAUCUUGUGCAGUUGGAUGCCACUACUGUCGGUUGUAUCGUUAAGGUCGAUCGCGAGUCAGUCGUGGUGCUAGACCAGAACGGCGAUACCAAGCAGGUCCAGCCGUCGCAAAUCACUAACAAGCUCCCCAAGAGGAAGUUUGCUGUCGCUGCUGACCGCAACGGCUCCGAAAUCAGGCUAGACGACGUCGUCCGUGAGUAUGGUGGCCAGCAACGUCAGGGCAAGAUCAUCCACGUUCACCGCUCCUACAUCUUCCUUCACACCACAACCACCAACGAGAACGCGGGUGUUUUCGUCACUCGGGCCAACGGCGUCACCACCGUUGCGGCCAAGGGUGGUCGCAACACUGCGACUGCGGGCCCAGAUCUCAGCUCCAUGAACCCAGCCCUAAAGCGCAACCCCGCUGCGAACGGCAAGCAAAUGGCAGCCCCGCGGACUUUCGGACCUGAUCGGGCCAUUAACCAAACCGUAGUCAUUAGACGCGGUGGUCACAAGGGCUUGCUCGGAAUCGUCAAAGACACGACAGACACUCACGCUCGUGUGGAGCUGCAUUCCAAGGGAAAGAUCAUUACCAUUCCUAAGGCUGACCUGAGCUUCAAGGACAAGAUCACUGGCAAAACCAUUGACAUCAACCAGCGCGGUGGUAGCCGUGGUGGCUUUGGUGGUGGUGGCCGUGGUGGCGGCGAGUUCGGAAGCAGGACCCCUAUGGCUUCCGGCGGAUCGGAUCGUACUCCGGCCUGGGGCUCUUCUAGAUCCACAGCCCGUACCCCCGCCUGGAACCGCGACGCCGGCGGCUCGCGCACACCUGCCUGGAACGACGGCUCCCGUACCGUCAACCCCUACGACGGCAGCCGUACCCCUUACGGUGGCGCUACCGCCUAUGGCGGUAUUGGAUCCCGCACUCCCGCGUGGCACUCCGGUUCUCGCACCCCAGCCCCUGAUGGCUUCGGCCACGGCUCCAAGACCCCCGCCUGGUCCGCCGGCUCCGACAGCUGGGGCUCCAAAACUCCCGGUUACGGAGCCUCUGCUCCCACGCCUGGCGCGAGUGGCGAUGCCUGGGGUUACACCCCGGGCGCGGGCGGCGGCAACUCAUCCUCAGCUUACGAUGCGCCCACUCCCGGUGGCGGUCUGAGCGCUCCCACUCCCGGCGCGGCACUCAACGCUCCUACGCCUGGUGCGUACUCGGCUCCCACGCCAGCUCCUGUUAGCGCGCCCACUCCAGGUGCCUGGCAAGGUGGUUGGGGAAGUGGUGAUGCAGUGAGUGCGCCGACACCUGGCGCCCUUGGUGCUCCUACGCCAGCGGCAUACUAUAGCGCGCCCACACCAGCAGCGUACGGAGGAGCGGCGGAGACACCGGGAGGUGCACCGGGGUAUGCGGAUGAUGAUUAG